AGUAAAGGGACAAUCACAGCUGAACAAGGGAGAAAUGUACAGCAGCAGAGUAAAGCUACAGGCAAUCAGCAAUGGAGAUCCCUAAGAUCCAACAAAAGAACAAUGGAGGGUGUAGGACGAGGCAGAAAAAGUAGCUCAUCUUCUUCAUGUUCUGAGAUGUCAGUAGACUCCGAAAUUUCUUUCAGGAUCAGUCGAGAGGAUAUGAAUUCUGUCAUGGAUGGCAUUCCAUUGUCUUCAUCACAUUGGGGUAGUGGAGGAAGAACCAGACAGAAUCGCUCUCUCGAUCCUGAGACGGUGGCCUUUCAUGAACCUCUGACCAUCAGUCUCUCGUCUUCCCCUGAGAGCACAGAGACGUUCAAAUCAAAACAGUCCCCUGCCCAUUAUAAUCAACAUGCUAAGAAGACCAGUGAGAAAAAUGAUGAUAAAGAUUCUGGAAUUACUAUCAGUAGUAGCGCUAGUCACAGGCGGACCAGGUCGUGGACUCAUUCACCAACCUCUUCUACUGGCUCGACUGCCAGCAAGAGAAAAUUACAUGAAAGUGUCAGACAAAAUGGCAAAUCUGCCCGACUGGAAGCUGACGGGAGCAGCCUCCGUCUGGAUAAACCAAAUUUCUGGGAGGCUAUCGAGAAUUGGAAAUGUUCCCUGGAAGGCGAUAGCAGUGAUAUGUGCAGUAAGUGGGUCAGCAGUGCAAGACAGGACCGCCGGGAAAGCAAGGGAAGCAACAGGAGGAAAGAUAAUGAAGGCAGACUAAAGACGAGGUCAUCGCUCUCAAGAGUGAACAAGGUCACAGGAAUUCAGCAGAAGCAAGGUCGUCCGAGAACAGGAAGGGUUACAUCCAGCACACUCAGUAAAAACCUUCAGUCCAAGUUAGGGAAUAAUCACUGGAUGCGGUUCAGUAAACAAAACAAUAAUAACAACAACAACAACAGUAACAGUAGAGGACAUACCAGGACUUCAGAUGGUAAGGUCAAGGUCAACUUUGGAGGUCAAGGUCAGAGGAUGGCUCCAUUGGUUUCUGAGGAGGAGGAUGGGGAAAUCACCUCUGAUAGUAGUACAGAAGAGGAACUUGUGCUCUAUGAGGAAGUCAUCUACUUGGAUUAGAUUUUCCAUCAAAGGAAUCUGUUGUUGAUUUUAAAUUUAUGAGUACUGGUGUGCUAUCAUUUGCUCAUUCUCAAAUAGCACAUUUAAGGCAAAUUCUGAAUGCUGAAACGAGUGUACUAUUUUUUUGCCCAGUUUGUCUUGAAAUUGGUUCAUAAUUUUUGAUUUUGCCAAAAUUUUCACCAGCAUUUUAGCUGUUGCAUUUGGAAUACACUUAGCUUUAUACACUAAGUAAUUCAUUAGGGAAAUUGUAAUUUUAAACAAGUUGUCAUUUAAUUUUCAUUGUUGGUCUCAGUAAUUCACAAAAAUUUGCUGUUGUUCACUACUGGUGUGGUUUAAGAUAUAUUUUAUUUGCUGGUGACUACAUCAAAAACGCCCUUAUGAAAAUAAUUAUACUCCCAAAAUUAUCAUCUGGAUCAGCAAGGCUAUUACCUUUCUCUAAUUUUGGAAUCUGUAUUUUAACCUUCAGUGAAAUAAUUAUUAUUUUUAGGAAUUAUGCGCUUUUAUGUGUAAGAGACAAAAUGAAGGCUGUGUCUUAAAGAAAGAUUUUCCAAGUUCAGUGAAUUAUUGGUCCACUUUGGAGUGUAGCUCCUGCCUUAUUCCACAGUUUUAAUUAAUUGUAUAAAGAAAGGCAAGAGGAAAGCUUGGAAUAGUUCAUUUUUGGAUUAUUUUCAUGUGGUGGGCAAAAUGCAGUGCCUCGAUUGCUUCAAAGUUUUGAUAGACUGCUGUUCUAGAACAUUUUUGAAAAUUGUAGAUAUAGAAAAUAUCCAAGGUCAUAGUUCACGCCCUACAGACAAACUAAUCUCUGAAAAUUUCAUCACAUAGUCAUAAAAACCUUGCGUGUUGCCGUAAUUUUAUGUUCCUGUGCAUAAAAUCAUUGACGAGUUGUCCUUCAGGCUCCCAGUUAGUGGUGUUGUACUCCAUACAAGCUCAUCGCUUUAUGAAAACAUAUCCGUAACUGGAGGGGAAAUUUUAUUUAUUUUUCUGUUCUGCACAGCAUGUGGUACCAACAUUUCCGGCCGAGUCUGCUGAGAGGUUGACCUCAAUGCUUCGACUUUCUGCGAGAUAAAUUUUGUUUUUGCUUUUCUACCAAUUUUAUCAGCCAUAAGAUCAAAUUGCUUUGUUCCUAUGUGACAAAAUAAGCAAUGAAGAUAAUAUUUAAUAGCUGAAAUUAAUAUUUUGAAUUAAUGAAAAAAAUAAUAAUAACUGUAUCUGCUCCUUCCAUGGACAGAAAGGUUGGGUAUUUAGACUUGGCUGUUUCAUAUUGGAUCAGAAUCUUUGGACUCCCUGCAGAUCUUAGCAUUUGUCUGCUAGUCCUGUGUAUUUCUUUUAAGCAGUUGAGAACAUUUCUUUUACAAGUUAAGUGAUGUCCAGAUGGUUUUGGUAAUAUUAUCAUGCCAUAGUGGGCACAUCUACUUAAUGAUAUACACAAGUCAUUAUAGAU